UUUCCUUGGUUUGAUUUGCUAGGCAAAAUGGCUGAAGCUUUCGUUGAAGUUUUGUUACAAAACCUUAGCUCUUUUAUUCAAAAGGAACUUGGAUUGUUUUAUGGCGUCAAUGAAGAAUUAAUAAAACUUUCAAGCUUGCUAUCGACAAUCAAGGCUGUCCUUCAGGAUGCAGACCAGGAACAACUGAAAGAAAAGGCAAUAAGAAAUUGGUUGCAGAAGCUAAAUUGUGCUACUUAUGAAGUUGAUGAUGUCUUGGAUGAAUGUGCAGUGAAAGUGAUCAGGUUGCAGGAAAAAUCCCGAAGAAUUGGAUGCAUUUCAAUGCCAUCUGGUUUUACCUUGGAGAAUCUUUUGUUUCGUCGACAGAUAGGGAAAAAGGUUAAAGAUGCCAUCAGGAAACUAGAUGGAAUUGCCGAGGAACGUCUUAAAUUUCAUUUGUCUGAAGUGACUUCGAAGAAACGAUUAUCCACGACAGACGAAGUACGUGAAACUGGCUUUGUUUUAACUUCAGCAGAAGUCUACGGAAGGGACAAUGACAAAAGGAAGAUUGUCAAAAUCUUAACGAAGCAUGUGGAUGAUUUUCAAGAGCUUUUGGUUCUCCCUAUAGUUGGAAUGGGAGGUCUUGGAAAGACUACUCUUGCUCAAUUAAUUUACAAUGAUGUGUUGGUACAUGAACAUUUCGAUUUGAAAAUUUGGGUUUGUGUGUCACAUAAUUUUGACGAGAAGAGGUUGAUAAGAGCAAUCCUAGAAGCCAUAGUUGGGAAAUAUAUAAAUGCUUCCGAGUUAGCUUCGUUACAAAGUCAGCUCAUAAACUUGUUGAGAGGGAAACGAUAUUUACUCAUUUUGGAUGAUGUUUGGAAUGAAGAUCAGGAGAAAUGGGAUAAAUUAAAAGCCUUACUAACAAUUGGUUCGAGAGGUACUUCAGUUAUUACCACUACUCGUCUAGAAAAGGUUGCUUCAAUUAUGGGAACGGUACAGCCACAUCGCUUAUCCUGCUUGUCAGAGUAUGACUGUUGGUUGUUGUUCAAGCAACGUGCAUUUGGUCUCGACAGAAAAGAAAGCUCCAAACUUGUGGAUAUUGGAAAAGAGAUUGUAAGAAGAUGUUGUGGGGUUCCUCUGGCUGCUAAAGCUCUAGGAAGUCUUUUGCGCUUUAAGAACGAUGAAAAAGAAUGGUUGUUUGUCAGAGAUAGUGAUUUUUGGAAUUUGCCACAAGACGAAAGCUCAAUCUUGCCUGCUCUAAGGUUGAGCUAUUUUCACCUUCCUCAAGAUUUGAGACACUGUUUUGCUUAUUGCGCGAUAUUUGAGAAGGGCUCCAAAAUUGACAAAGAAGAGCUAAUUUAUUUCUGGAUGGCCAACGGAUUUAUCUCAUCGGAGGGAAACUUGGAACCUGAGGAUAAAGGUAAUGAAAUAUGGAGCGAAUUAUACUGGAGAUCUUUGUUCCAAGAAGUGCAACAAACUUCAGAUGGGAAGAUGUUGUUUAAGAUACAUGAUCUUGUUCAUGACCUGGCCCAAUCUAUAAUGGAUGAUGGAAUUCAUGCAACAAAACUUGAAGGAGGGAAAAAGAUAUCGACAAGCAGAAUUCGACAUGAAACAAUACAUGCCGAAGAUAAGUCAUUUCUUGCUUUUCCUAAAAGUACUAUACCAUACAACCCUUCGACAAUCGCAAUGUAUGGUUCUUUAAGGGUGUUGAUUUUUUGCUCUGUUCAGUUAAAGGAAUUGCCAUCUGCAAUCGGAGAUCUAAUUCAUUUAAGGUAUUUGGACCUUUUCAGUACAUGUAUUGAGAGUCUUCCUCAGAGUAUAUGUUCUCUUCAGAAUCUGCAGAUGCUAAGUGUAGAAGAUUGUUGCUUACUUCGUGUUUUACCGAAACAUCUGAAUUAUCUGAGAAAUCUUCGACAUCUUCGGCUAAGAGGCUGUCCAUUGAGUCACAUGCCUCCUAAUAUAGCACAAUUGACACACCUCAAGACUUUAAACAAGUUUGUCGUAGGGAAAAAAAGAUGUUCCAAGCUUAGUGAAUUGCGAGACUUGAAUCUUCAGGGAGAACUAGUUAUUGAGCACCUUGAGAGGGUUGAAAAUCAUAUGGGGGUGAAAGAAGCUCUAAAUUCAAAGCGAAACCUCCACAGUUUAGCUUUGUACUGGAACCAUUCCAUUCGGUGUGAGUCAUCAAAGGAUGUUGAUCUGCAGGUUCUCGAAGCACUAGAACCUCAUUCCGACCUUAAGCAUUUGAAGGUAUCUGGUUUCAGAAGUACAUGCUUGGCAAGUUGGAUGAGGGCUUCAGUUUUGAGAACAAUCAUUACCCUUUAUCUUCAUGAUUGUAAAUACUGCUUGCAUCUCUCUCAACUAGCUCAGCUUCCUUGUUUGAAAUAUCUUUCGCUGAGGGGAAUUCAUGUAGAGUACAUUGACAGUAACGCUGAAAGCGGAGUAUCCCAAUUAAGAAAGUUCCCGUCCUUGGAAUCACUUGAGAUGUGCAAGCUCCCAAAUUUAAAAGGAGUUUCAAUCAAAGAAGGAAAAGAGCAAUUUCCGAGUCUUCACGAAAUGUGGAUUGAAAACUGCCCUUUGCUGACAUUUCCACACCUUGUAACACUCAGAAAUUUGAGAAUUAUGAAAUGCUCAAACAUGACUCUAGCCUCUAUCUCUAAUCUUUGCAGUCUAACCUGCUUAGAAAUUGCUAACAACAAGGAACUAACUUCUUUCCCUGAAGAGGUGCUAACGAACCUCACCGAUCUUGAAAUAUUGACGAUUAUGGAUUUCUCAAAGCUGGAAGUACUACCAAACAGCCUGGCAAGCCUCACAGCAUUGAAGUCCCUGGAUAUUGGUUACUGCCACCAACUAGAGUCUCUACCCGAGCAGGGAUUGCAAGGCCUCACCUCUGUCCGUAAAUUGUCAGUCAGAUGCUCUGAUAGAUUGAAAUUUCUGUCUGAAGGAUUUCAGUACCUAGCUUCUCUGGAGGAACUUGAAAUUUUUGGGUGUCCAGAGUUGGUUUCUUUUCCACAAGAGAUUAAACACCUGAAUUCCCUUCACCGCGUUCACCUUGAUGGUCUGCCAUUGUUCCACUCUAGAGAAGAUACUGUUAUUCACCCUGAGGAGUUGGGUUUCUGGCAACUGCCUGAGGCUUUACGGCAUGUCCACAAUCUGCAAUCUCUUUCUGUAUGUAGAUUCUCAAGUUUGACUUUAUUGCCUGAGUGGUUAGGCGAACUUACGUUUCUCAAGGAACUGAACAUAGUACAGUGUGAUAAUCUUGCCUCACUGCCAGAGUGUAUGGAGAGAAUGAACCUCCAGUCCUUGAACAUUUUGGGCUGUGCAAUAUUGGAGAAGCGUUGCAAACCGGGACAAGGAGAAGACUGGUACAAGAUUGAGCACAUUCCAAAAGUGAAAAUCAGUCAAAAUUGUGAUUUUCUUAGUAUCAACUUGUCAUCAGAGAGGUUCAGUGGUCUAAGGAGAUUUCACUUGUAG